GUGACCAUAUCAUGUGACUCUUAGGAAAAUCAAUCUUACUGUGUAGUGGUUUUAGUAACGACGUCCGACAACAUGAGGAAGGUAGUACCUUUUUUUAUGGUAACAGUAUUCCUGUGUUCUGUUGAGGGGCUGAAUGCCCUGCCACACAGCUAUGUUCAGCCAAGAAAACAUCAUGGAUUCAAGACAGAACCCCAGUUCACAGAGAAGUAUUUCAGUCAGACUCUGGACCACUUCAACUUUAACAGCAUGGGGAACGGGACAUUCAAUCAGCGUUACCUGAUCAUAGAUAAGUACUGGAAGAAGGGCGAUGGUCCUAUUUUCUUCUACACUGGUAAUGAGGGAGACAUCUGGGAGUUUGCACUCAACUCUGGUUUCAUCACAGAGUUAGCUGCACAGCAGGCAGCUUUAGUCAUAUUUGCUGAACAUAGGUACUAUGGCAGAUCUUUGCCCUUUGGCAAAGAGUCCUUCAACAUCCCUCAGAUCAGCCUGCUGACAGUGGAGCAGGCCCUCGCCGACUACGCUGUUAUGAUUACGGCGCUGAAACAGCAACUGGCAGCCACAGACUGUCCUGUCAUCGUGUUUGGUGGCAGUUAUGGUGGGAUGCUGUCGGUCUACAUGAGACUCAAGUAUCCAAACAUCGUGGCUGGAGCUCUGGCUGCCAGCGCCCCCAUACUCUCCACCGCAGGGCUGGGAGAUUCCAGGCAGUUUUUCAGAGAUGUUACAGCUGAUUUUGAGAGUGUUGCCCCUGAAUGCAGAGAUGCUGUGAGAGGAGCUUUCCAUCAGCUGAAGGAAUUAGCUGAACGCCAAGAUUACAGUCGCAUCCAGUCAGAGUUCUCCCUGUGUAAGCCUCCAACAUCUGAUCAGGACAUCCACCAGCUGAACGGCCUGCUGAGGAAUGCCUUCACUCUGAUGGCCAUGUUGGAUUACCCCUACAGCACUCACUUCAUGGGCAACAUGCCUGCCAACCCUGUCAAGGUACACAGUCUGAUGGAGGAUGAACAGAUAAUUUGCUUUAGUGCAAAUAAGUAUGCUAAAAUGCCAUCCAUGAGUGAGCAACAUCAGAUAUCCUGAAGCUAAUGUGAAAGC